AGAUGUUACGACUAAGCAGGAAGAGUCAGACCACGAAACAACCCACCAGGCAACAGUUCCGGAAGAUGAGCCUGAAACCACCUCCGCACCGCACCAACAACUGGUGCGUGAACUAGGGAAGCGAAAACGACGAGAGAAAGGCACUGGAAGCUCAGUGAGCGCACGUGAUGAUACUGUGGCAACGGCCAGCACCAGUGUCAGUCAUGCGACGCGCAGUAAAACACCGCUCGAGGAAGAUAAUUCUGAUGCCGAUGAAUCGCCAGCUGAUACGGCUGAUGUUCGUGGUGCUUCGUCGGUAGCAACCGGUCGCAAACGGAUACGUGGUGCGGAUAAGGAAUCAUCCACCAAACGUGCAAGUGGUGGCGGAGUAAACAACGUCGAGCGGCUACGGAAACGACGGCGGCUCGAUUCUGAUGAAAACAUGGAGGACAAAUCGAGUAGCAGUUACGCACCGAAGGAGGAGCCCUCGCCAGUGUCCGGUCGUAGCAGUGCUUUACGGAGAAAACGGAUGAAUCUGCGGCUAUCGGAUUCGGAGCAAGAAGGCACGGAUAAGAAAGCUCAUCUCAGAGGCAGCAACCGAUCAGUGGUGGAUCAGCAACAUACAAACAACACGGUGAUCGAUGACCAGGAGCAGGAGCAGUGUGGUCAUCAUGAUGCUUCUGAAUCCGGUAGGCUAAAGCCCGACGUUGACAGUAACAGUCCUACAGUGACAUCCGGCAAACGUGGUCUCGGAAUGCGUAACUCGAAGCGACUGGCAAGUGCGAGCAGUCCGGCUAAUCGUGCUGAAACUCCGGAACCAUCUUCCUCCUCCUCAACGAUCGCACCUCCUGCUGUAGGGCUAGUAGUGGAGGACAAGGUUAAAUCUUCUCGCCAUUCAACGACAGGCACUGUGAGACAGAAGCAACAUCAGACGAUGGCCAUAGAGGCAGCAAUGGCAUCAGCCACCAUUCCUACUGCUGCUGCUGGUGCUGCUGCAACGAAAUCUCCAUCAUCAUCGCCUGGCAAAAGGAGUUCCCAAACUGCCUGCGCCUCUCCUCCGGCUAACAAUAUCGGCAAAGGACGGCAUAAAGUAGGACCUGCUACGAUCGCUGCCGCAGCGCGUCAUAAGAAACGAUCAGGCAAGAAACCAUCGCAUGGCGGUAUGGUUGGAGAUGCGAGUGAAAGUUCGUCAGGCGAAGCAGACGAUGAGGAAGAAGAGGACGAAAUGCGUCGACCUGUUCUUGCGGCCGCCAUGGGAAAUACCGCCGCCCCCGCUGCAACCACUGCUGUAGUUACGAAAAAAUCACCCAACAAAUCAUCGAGCGGCUCUGCUAAUGCCUCAACAGCGUCGAAAAGCUCCGCACGACUUCGUGACCAAACGGUCAGUCCGGAUGGUAAACGAACCGAUAACGUCGCUGUUAGUAAACGGUCCAAACUGAACAAUACUGCUACGCCGCACACGAACAGUAGUGUAGCCGGCAGUGAGUCUGUUGCUGCCAUAAAUUCGAUAGCGAAUGAGAACCGAGAACGGUCAAGCGAAUAUGUAUCAGCUCCCGUGUCGCAUGGUGAUAGACAUAGCGAUCAAAUGGUAAACGACAGCAGCACAGUAGCAUCGAAAGAGGUAUCACGUAUGGUGACCGAUCGUUCACCGCCACGUAAACGAUCGUCAGCGGAAACUAACCAUUCAGUUAUAAGUCGAACAUCGGUUGCAUCGGAAGUAGCCAGCAGUCAAACGCUGGUGCCACAGGCUCAUAGAAGUGAGGAAAUCAUUAAAACGAGUCCCAGUAAGAGUGACAAAACGGUGGACAGCGUUAUUCUGCAAGCACCGCCAACGGCAACUACAAACGUUGUGAAGCAUGAUGAAGAGCAACAGCAGGCGAUGGACAAUACAUCAGGGGUAGCGGCCGAUGCUACCACAAGCCAAUCACAGUCACCCGUGGGUGCUGUCGAGAUCCAGAAGCCCAUGGUUACAUCGGACAGUCAGACGACGGUCGGCAACGGCGUCCAAGGUGCUACAACCAGUGUCAUAAGUGAGACGCUAAUGAAUGGUGUCGGCGUCAAUGAAAAGAUAUCGGUGAUAACGGAAUCAAAAAACUGCCUAUCUAGUAGCACGGUUCACAAUCAAGUAACAAGUGGCGAGUCUGUGCAACGGCAGUGUGACGAAAGUGAUAAUCUGUUCGAGAAAUCCCUGGAAGGUGCUCUACCGAAGGAUGCGGGUAGCACGGAUACCAAUCAAGUUGACCAGCAAACUCUGAGUGUAAGUACGGCAACGCCAGAAAGCAAAGAACGGACAACAAGAAGCGUCGUGUCCUCUGACGGUAGUGACAGCGGCAUGCAUAGUGGUACCGGAACGGCUAGCAACAACACGGUCAGCGUUUUGAAAAGCAAUGAGAACUACGAUAAACAUCACCAUCACAAGGAAGACAAUCGUCGACCGAAGGUAAUCGUUGAUGUGCCAUCUUCGACGCCAGCAGCUGCCGUUGGCGAGACAAAGGACGAAGCUUCAAAAACAGAUGGCAGU